AUGAUUACUAGAAAAUUUAUUAAAUCAAUAAAAAUAAAUAUCUCUAGAUAUGAUAAGUUGUAAGAUUUAGUUAUUUUAUAAAAUGAUACAAAAGUAGCUUAAUUAUUAAAGAAAUAAUUUAUAGUAAAGAAUUUGAUUGAUGAUAAAAUAGAAAAUAAUUAUUGUGACACUAAAGGUUGUGAUAAAAUAGCAAUUUCAAAAGAUAGAAAAAAUUUAAUAUUUUCUUCAGGUAAUAAAGUCUAUUUUUAUGAAAAUAUAGAUCACUAAGAAUUCAAUAAAUUGGAAGAGAAUAUUAAUUUCUUACAUUUUUCAUUUUCUUUAGAUUCGAAAUAUUUAGCAGGAUGUGGAAGUAAUAAAAUAAUUUAUUUUUGGGAUUUUAAGGCAAGAAAAGUGAUGGCUAAAUUCGAAGGCCAUUCAAAAACAAGUUAAUGUAGUUUAAAUUUCUUACGAUAAUUCAACAUUAGCAUCUUGUAGUGAUGACAAAUUGAUAAGAUUAUGGAAUUUAAAUGCAAACUGUAACAGGAUAGCUUAGGAUGGACAUGAGAGUAGCAUUAGCAAUAUAAUGUUUUCAGCAGAUAGUUUGGUAUUAUAUUCUGGAGGAGUUAUAGACUAGACUCUUAAAUUAUGGGAUAUGUAACUUAAGACCCUAUUAAUUUCAAAGACUUUUGAUUAACCCAUAAACUCUUUUUCAAUUACACAUAAUUAAGAGUGUCUCAUUGUAGGACAAGGAGGAAUAAUUCAAUUAUGGAAUAUUUAAUAUAAUUCAGUAUUUCAGAAAUCUAAAUUUGAGAUCAUUCCUGGUGAUGCUCCUCUUAUAAUUUUGAAGAAAGAGGAAACAUUUAACAGAUUUAAUUUUUAUCAAAUGAUAAUUAAAUUAUUACAUUAAUCUUGUUUGCACGUCAUGGGAAUAUUUGGGAAAAAAAAUAUUUUUCUUUAGCAGAGAUAUGGGAGAGAAAUGAUAAAAUUGAUGAGUCAGCUAUUUUAUAAGAAUAUGAUUAAAGUGAAAUAUGGUUUUACAAAAUAUCAUAAGAUUUUAAAUAUAUAUGUUCUGUAGACUAUCAAAAUGAAUUAACUUUAGGUGAGUUAUCGUUAGAAUCUAAAUAAAAUUUAACAAAAUUGA